AUGGUACCCGACUUGAGGUCAGUAUCCACUCACCACCAACUCAUGAGUGAUAUCUUAUGUCUAUUAUCCCUACCAUUCAGUGUCCAACUGAUCACCUGGAAUGUCAAGUCAGAGCAAUGCAAAUGUGAUUUAACACAACUGCUGGACAUCGAUGCCGAUCGACUGACCACUGGUGCUGGCGAUCAACCAUUAGCUGAUAUCUAUGCCAUAGGCCUACAGGAGGUGGCCUUCCGGCCGACCGCUCUGUUAUUCACCGACCCCUGGGUUGUGGCCUUUGACCGGGUGUUCAAGCAAUUGGAUUACGUGCGGCUCAAACAGAUCCGUUUGGUCGGCAUUUUACUCAUUGUCUACACUAAACGCCAUAAAUUACCACAUUUUAGGUCCAUUGAGACUCAAUACACACGUACGGGGUUUGGAGGUCUUUGGGGCAAUAAGGGAGGCGUCAGCGUUAGUCUCAUAAUGGAUGGGAUAUCGCUAUGUAUAGUGAAUACUCAUUUGGCCCCACAUUACGAGAAUUUAGAGCAAAGAAUCACUGAUUAUAAUACUAUUACUGAUGGCCAGUACUUCUGGAGUAACAAAAAGCCAAAUAUUUUGAGUCAUGAUUAUGUCCUAUGGAUGGGUGACCUGAACUUCAGGAUCGACGACCUAACCGGCGAUGAGAUUCAUGAUAUCAUACUAAACGCACCCCAAACUCAACGUUCAGAUCAUUCAGUCAAUAGUUUUGCGCAACUCUUAGCUAACGAUCAGUUAAAUCGUGUCAGACAUGAGGGGCUGGCGUUCAGCGAGUUUAGCGAAACAGAGCCCACGUUUGCGCCGACCUAUAAGUUCUUCGUUAAUACCGAUAAUUAUGACUAUAAGUCACGAAAGCCCGCAUAUACUGAUCGCGUGUUGUAUCGGUUUACUGUCAACGCAUACGACAAUCUGAAACUGGAUUUAAAACAAUUGAAUUAUAAGUCUCACCCGCAGUACAAACAGUCGGACCACAAACCCGUGUCCUCUUUGUUUCACCUGAAGACCAAAGAGUCGGUCCAACGAGUGCUUCGCAAACGAAUGGCACCGUUGGGUGAGUUUGACUCACAGGAACUGGACGCUGGUGUCGAUGGCGGUGACCAACAAGUCUACGUUACAUUCCAUCCAAUCACUGAUUGGAAAGUCAAUAGAGACUCGACGGCCUGGUAUACAAUCACUCCCAACAACCGGAACGCCAUCGACUCCAUGUCGCCCUGGGAUUGGAUCGGUUUAUUUAAAUCAGAUUUUCUAUCCACUGAUGAACUCUUGUCGUAUGUUUGGGCGAAUCCAGUGCCCAGUCGGUGGUCACCGCCCGACUCGAGUGAUAAUAGCACACAAAAUGCUGAUAACGAGAGCGCCGGCACUUCCGACACUGAAAACGCUGAGCCAUGGUUUUCAGUGCAAUAUUCCGAUCAAACACUUCUGAUCGCCGAUCAGUUCCGCUUAGUAUAUGUGACACAAAACGGCGAUGUCUUAGGAAUUAGUGAACCCUUUUUGAUCACCAAUUAACACAUCUCUGGUAUUCAAUCACUGAAUUUGAUUCGAGUCUAUGAUAUCUAGAAUAUUCAUAAAUAAUAAUAAUAAGUUUAUAAUUAUUGUUACAAAUAGUUUUAAAUGUAAUUUAACAC